CACGUACGACCAAUGUUAAUGGACGAAACCCAUUACUACUUUUCACUCUUCUCUUCUUCCACCAUCAAUGGCUUCCACAAAUUCAACCCCUUCUGACCCAUUCCCCUCCGCAGACGACUUAGCUGCCAAGGCUGUCAACAAACGCUAUGAGGGCCUUGUAACUGUUCGAACAAAGGCCAUUAAAGGAAAAGGUGCUUGGUACUGGGCUCAUUUGGAGCCUAUUUUGAUUCGAAAUCCCAGUACUAAUAACCCAAAAGCAGUGAAGCUUAAAUGCUCUCUUUGCGACUCAGUUUUCUCGGCUUCGAACCCGUCGAGAACUGCCACCGAGCAUCUGAAAAGGGGUACUUGCCCCAAUAUAAGCUCCGUACUGAGACCCAAUUCCUCGGUUUCGCCAUUGCCGUUGACGACGUUGCCUUCUCCUUCUUCACACAACCACAGAAAGCGAAGCUCCCAAAGCUGUAUGAGUCCUCCAACUCCUCAUCACGCUCCCCCUACUGCUUUAGAGGUUCAUUCUUUAGCAAUGGUUGAGUCGACCAGGUACUGCGGCGAGUUCGGGUACUUGCCGCCGCAGAACGCCGGCGGUGGUGCUAAUAACAAUAAUAAUAAUAAUAGUAGUAAUAAUACAGGAUUAUAUAACCACCAUUCGAUGUUAUCAGGUGGGAAAGACGAUUUGGGUGCUUUAGCAAUGUUAGAAAACAGUGUGAAGAAGCUUAAGAGUCCUAAAGCCUCACCGGGUCCGACUUUUAGUAAGGAACAAAUUGACUCGGCGGUCGAGUUACUUGCCGAGUGGUUCUACGAGUCAUGUGGGUCGGUCUCGUUAUCGAGCCUCGAGCAUCCCAAGUUCAGGGCUUUCCUUAACCAUGUGGGGUUGCCUUCCUUGUCUCGGCGCGAGUUUUUGGGUGCUCGGCUCGACGCGAAGUUUGAGGAGGCCAAAGUGGAGUCUGAAGCUAGAAUAGAAGAUGCCAUGUUUUUUCAAGUUGCUUCUAGUGGUUGGAAGAGCAAGAAUGUGUGUGACUUUCCUUGUGGAGAUGAAAAUUUGGUCAAGUUCACUGUUAAUCUUCCUAACCGGACUAGUGUUUUUCAAAAGGCCGUUUUUACUGGAGGCGCGUUGCCAUCAAAGUACGCUGAGGAGAUUUUGUGGGAUACUGUUAGUGGGAUAUGUGGAGGGUCCGAACAGCGUUGCGUGGGGAUAGUUUCAGAUAAGUAUAAAGCCAAGGCUUUGAAGAAUUUGGAGGUUCAGAACCAUUGGAUGGUGAAUCUCUCUUGUCAGCUUCAGGGCUUCGUUAGUUUGAUUAAGGAUUUCAACAAAGAGUUUCCACUUUUCAGAGUUGUCACUGAGAAUUGCAAAAAGCUUGCGAAUUUUGUAAAUACAGAGAGUCAGGUUAGGAAUGUUUUCCUCAAGUACAAGACACAGGAGCUUGAUUGUGCAGGGUUGCUUCGAGUUCCUUCUUCGAAAUUUGAUACUUCAAAGAACUUUGGACCAGUUCUUGCAAUGUUGGAGGAUGUGUUGAGCUGUUCCCGGGUACUCCAAAUGGUUGUGAUGGAUGAUUCCUGUAAGGUGGUUCUUGUAGAGGAUCCAACUGGGCGAGAGGUUGUUAGGAUGAUUCAGAGUGAAGGCUUUUGGAAUGAAUUGGAUUCAGUUUAUUCUCUUGUGAAGCUGAUCAGAGGGAUGGUUCAGGAGAUUGAGGUUGAGAGGCCAUUAGUUGGGCAAUGCUUACCUCUUUGGGAGGAGUUAAGAGCAAAAGUGAAGGAAUGGUGUGCUAAAUGCAGCAUUGCCGAAGCACCAGUUGACAAAAUAAUAGAAAAUCGGUUCAAGAAAAUGUACCACCCAGCUUGGGCUGCUGCUUUUAUACUUGACCCUCUUAACUUGAUCAGGGACACAAGUGGGAAAUAUCUUCCACCAUUCAAGUGCUUGACUCAUGAGCAACAAAAGGAUGUAGAUAAGCUCAUAACCAGGUUGGUUAGCAGAGAAGAAGCUCAUAUUGCAUUGAUGGAGCUUAUGAAAUGGAGGUCAGAAGGACUGGACCCCCUUUAUGCUCAAGCAGUUCAAGUAAAACAAAGAGACCCCAUCACUGGAAAGAUGAAAGUUGCCAAUCCACAAAGCAGUAGACUUGUAUGGGAAACUUGCUUAAGCGAGUUUAAGACUUUAGGUAAGGUUGCAGUUAGGCUUAUUUUUCUUCAAGCAACCUCAUGUGGAUUUAAGUGCAAUUGGUCAUUUACAAAAUGGAUUUGUGUGCAUAGACACUCAAAGAUAGGUGUAGAAAAAGCCCAGAAGAUGAUAUUUGUAGCAGCUCAUGCCAAGCUCGAAAGAAGGGAUCUUUCCAAUGAAGAAGAAAAAGAUGCAGAACUUUUUGGUGGUGGAAAUGUUGAGGACGACAUGCUCAAUGAGGUCUUUGCCGAUGCACCCUCUGUGUAAUGUUUUCUUUUUCAAUCUCUUGUGGGUUUCUUUGUAGCUUUAGGAUUUUUAUUUAAUUCUUUUUCUUCAUUUUAUUCUCUUUCUCUUCUUUUUUUUUUCACCCUUCCUUCAUUACGUAUAGAUUAGAAAUUUUGAGGAAAUUAUGGUUUGCUGAACAACAAUGUGAAGGAAUUGAACAAAUGUAUUACUAAACCAGGCUUGCUGCAUGGUUCAAUGAAAUCAUUAAUCUUUCACUAAAA